AUGAGCCCAGAAAUCGAAAACCGGUCUCGCGACAUAGAGGCUGUCAAUGGAGAGAAAUACCAACCAGGAGACACCGACGUGCUGGACCCAGACGUGCAAGCCGAGUGCCCCAUACCCUACCGCGACGACGCCUUCGGAGACGAGCAAGACGCCGAGAUCAAAUACAAAGUCCUCAAAUGGUGGCAGUGUGGCCUGCUAAUGGUCGCCAUGACCAUCUCGCUGGGAAUCCUCGCGUUGCCAGCAGCCGUAGCCGGCGUAGGACUCGCCCCAGCCGUUGUCAUUCUCAUCGGGCUGGGCAUCCUAUGCUCGUACACCGGGUACGUGAUUGGACAAUUCAAACUCAGGUACCCUCAUAUUUCUGGCAUGGCGGAUGCAGGUGAGGUGCUGAUGGGCGGGUUCGGGCGCGAGCUGUUCUUCGGCGCACAGCUGCUUUUCCUCAUCUUCAUUAUGGCCAGUCAUAUUGUUACGUUCAUUGCGGCCAUGAAUACCAUUACCGGCCAUGCUACUUGCUCGAUUGUUUUCGGGGUUGUGGGGCUCGUGGUGUCUAUGCUUCUCUCUUUGCCGCGGACGUUGAAGAAUAUGUCUUGGCUGUCGAUGGCGUCGUUCACGAGUAUCUUCUGCGCGGUCCUCGUGACGAUGAUUGCGGUUGGUGUGCAGAGGAAGCCCCCGAAGGUUGGUCCCAUCGUGGAUACGAACCUUGUCACCGGUUUCACGUCAGCGUCGAACGUCGUGUUUGCAUUUGCCAGCCACAACGCCUUCUUCAACAUCAUGGCCGAGCUCAGAGACCCCAAAGACUUCACCAAGUCGCUUGCCCUGACCCAGUCACUCGACAUAUCGCUCUACCUGAUUGCCGCCGUCGUCAUAUACUGCUACGUCGGGGAAGACGUUCCCUCCCCGGCGCUGGGAGCCGCCGGGCCCGUCGUCUCGAAGGUAGCCUACGGCAUCGCCCUGCCGACAAUCAUCAUCGCGGGCGUCCUCACAGGCCAUGUUGCAAGCAAAUCUAUCUACGUGCGUGUCUUCGCCGGCACAAAUCGCAUGCAGAAGCGGGAUUUCGUCGCCGUCGGCUCGUGGGUGGCGAUCGGAUUGUUUCUGUGGAUUGUCUCGUGGAUUAUCGCGGAGGCGAUUCCGGUGUUCAAUAAUCUUCUCAGUUUAAUGACGGCGCUAUUCGCCAGUUGGUUCUGUCUAGGGAUUCCGGGAAUUUUCUGGCUGUAUAUGAACUAUCACCGGUGGUUUUCUUCCUUCAGCAAGAUCGCCCUGACCUUCGUCAAUGUUUUCUGUCUCUGUUGUGGGAUCAUCUUGUGCGGCUUAGGGCUGUAUACCUCCGGCAAGGCUAUACACGACAAUCCUCAAAGCCAGAGCUUUUCGUGCGGAAGUACUGGAUAG